UUCUUUUAAGCAUACAAGAAUAAGAGUAUUACUAAUAGAAGAUCAAUUUCCGAUAUUGCGAUAUGUUAUACGAGAAAAGGUGACAGAAGUUACCUUCAUUAAGUUUUAAUUGAGCAGUAAUUUUGUAAUUAAAUUUUUAAAGUUGCUUACGGAAUACAUCGUUUACUUUUAAUUUGAAAUAAUGUGCAGGUGGGGAUGUACGACAACUAAUACGACCUAUAUGUGUAAAUGGUGCGGUACUCGGUAUUGCCGGGAAUGUCUGAGAGGGGAUUUCCUGGGAUUGAUGCCUGAGCCCACACACUGUCGAAUAUGCAAUCAGAAAAGAUGUCAGGGAAACAGAAUAGAAUAUGUUCCGAGAUCAAAGGACGAAGUUGAUCCGAAGGCCCAAAAGUCCAAGAGUGCUACAGGCAUGCGCACAAGAAGCGCUGCAGCUUCCGCUAAAUCCUCGAGGUCGGUGAAAAGUGCACGAGGAAAGUCGGGAAAGAAAUCUGGCAAGAAGAAGAAAAAGUGAAAAAAUAAGAUUAAUAUGACAAACGAUCAAUGUGAUUGUUUUAAGUAAAACUAUAUGUCUGUGUGCGUGUGUGUACGUUGUAGUUACUUAGCCUGAAAUGUUCGGUAGCGAUGCCUUUAAAUAGGCCAAAGACCAUAAAGGCAUAUAUGGCAUAAACACUGUUAAUAACACCAAUUUGAAAACAUACUGAUUUGAAUUAAAUGUUAAUAGUGAUUGUUUAGUUAAACUGCAUGCACUGCAAACGGAGAGUCAAAUCGCAAACGUAAUCUGCAAACACCUUUACUGAGCAUGCGUCCAUUUAACGCCUACGGUCGUUCACGUUAACAUACUGUUUCGCUUUGUAUCCCUGCUGCAUCGCAGCGCAUACACUGUUAUUAGGCGCAUGCGUAGUGGACUUUCUCGACUCUUUUUGGCUUUGAAAUAGUUACUUAGUAACCCGAAGAACACGAUCGAGUUGGUAAGCCGAAAAUGUCGCUUUAGUUAUCCGUACCUGAACUUGGUUUCACUCGUGGGUGUAUAGAACUAAAUUAUUUUUUCUGUUGUUUGAUUUGUUAGUUGAGAAACAUGUGCCAUUGAGAAAUAAAUCAA